UCCUUCUUCAUCGUGUCUCUGAUUUGAAAACGUGAGAGGGCGACCUAACUACUUUUGCACAACCGAUUUUCAGUCUAAAUUUUCUACGUUCAUGCUCAUUCGCAGCUGAUCUCCACAAUCAUUUCAUUACUACUCGACUUCUCUUGGUUAGAAUGCUACAUCUAGUAGUCGGUAUCUUUCUCUGUAGGGCAGUUCAAUGUUCAAGCAUGAAAACGAGAUAAAUAGGUUUGAAAUGCAAAAUGUUGAAGGCGCACACAAAGUUUCCAUUAUCACAGACUACCUGUCUUGUUCAUAUUUGACUCACACUAAAUCAGUUAGACGAUUUGGGUUAAGAUAUCUAUAGCGUGAUAGUUGAUACAUAUAGCCUCGCUGUGAUUAAUUACCAAAAUAUGAAGUAAUUGAUAUCAUUUAAUAAUAAUCUGCGUUAUAUGUUACAGUGACAAAAUUAGAAUAAUCUGCCAUUGCAGAAGAAAACAACCAGUAAAUAAAUAUCACAGGCUGGUUCCUCGAAAACUGAAAAGGAAGAGUAUAGAAAUACCACGGCUCAAAGCCUUUCCUUGUAAGUAAUCCGUUUCUAUUGUAGUUCCUGGUCCCAGCUAGAGAUGGAGGUACCGAAACGAGUUCUGAAACCGCAUUUGAGAUCAUGUAGGACACAUAGUAUAUUAACGAAAGCUCAAAAUAGGCGAUGGACAUUGAAACAAUUUUUUAUCCAUGAGAAUUGAAAACGGAAACAACCAAACAAACACUAUGGCAACCCUAACUACAUAUUACUUCCUGAAACAUCCAAGUCGCGGUCAUCCAAGUGUAAAUGGAGCUUUCACCCCCAUCGCGCGUGCAAAUCCACACGCUCGAUCUUUCCAAUAAAGAUUUGAACACGUCAUCUAACAAAAACUUGACGUGGAUUUUUAAAACAGGGUAAUCGGCUUUUCAGAAAAAUUGAAAAAAGACCUUAUUCUAUACCAAGCGGAGGACGCAAAAACGUGUUCCUUGAGGUCGUCUCUUAGCAUACACGUUUUUGUGGUUAAAUCCGGUACAGCUUAAGGGAUUAUGACAUGAAAUGGAAGAAAAGAAUCACUCAGUCGUUAAAACAAUCAACCACCAGAAUACCUGGAGUGAUUUCUUUUCAAUUGCGUUAAAACAGUCGAACAAUGCUCGCAAGCCACCUGUUCUGUGAUUCGUGUAUUUAACAAUGAAUGUUUAACUGAAUAUCAAAGUCCUUCCAUUCUAAUCGUAAUUGUUUGCUUUGAUCAAACACCAUGUCCUGACCUCUGCAUAAAGUCUGACAUACGUGUGAAGUUCCAUCACAUCUCAACUGAUUUCAAAGCAAACACAUCCGUGACAAUACCGUGCCGGCACAAGUACAGAGAAAAGUUAAAAGUUGUAUAUAAUUUGACAGAGGCAAAGAGGAAGCAAUGAGGAAUAUAAGGACGGAAACUCCAGUUCCUCAGUCUUCGCAACUCGAAGAACUGCCAAAUCCUUAUAGUAUGGCUCUAAGACGAUCAUCAUCCUCAUCAUAUCUACCUUCAUUGCGCGAGAGUUCUUCGGAUUGUAACGCACUGUCAAGAAUUGGAACACCCCCUGCUUUUACAGAGAUUGAACAAGGAAAAACCGAAAUUGUAGCGCUUGUGGGGUCGCCUUCUCAUUCAAGACGAGGGAAGUUAUUCAAAUCAGCUUUAGAGAGAAGAAGCUUGCACGAAAACUCUCGGCUUCCAGAUCUUAUCAGGAGAGACUCAAAAGAGAAUGUCCAACCACUGCCAGCACCUUCGUCUGAAUGGGUAAAAAGAUUACAUCGUCCACAACAAUACGAACUUACAAGGACAACUUCACACCCAGUCAUUUCUAACGCGGAAAAUUUUUCUCCGGUCACAAAGCAGAUGAACUAUGCAAGGUCUAAGAGCUUGCCUCGACUCAAAAAUGGAAACGCUUCACACACUGGACCCGAAGACAAACAUUCAGCUGACCUCAGAAGACAUAUCGAAAAGGAGGAAUCGGACUACGAUUUAUUCACGACUAAAGCUGUAAUUUUGGAGCGCUUCUUGAACAGUCAGAGCUAGGUCUAUAGAUACAUAUAUUUUAUGGAGCACUCUCCAAUUCGAGGAUAAGGUUUUUUACGUUAUAUAUAUUUUAUGUAUUUCAGUAAUAUAAACUUUGAGAUGAAAUUUUGGCGUUUGUAAAUUAUUUCAAAUGAGUGGGAAAGCUUUACACAUUAAUGCAUUGGUAUUUUGCUAUUAAAAAGAUUCUUCUUGGUCUGUUGAAAGGAAAAGAACUGAACUCUACUAUGACAACCGAUUUGACUUGAUGUAAAAUAUUGUGUGAAAAUAUUUUUAUGAUUUGAAAUUCAAAGAGAAAGCUAUUGUAAAUGUUGGGGGCGCAUUUUCUAAUAAAUGUUCAGAACUAAGUCAA